AAACGCCCAGGACGCGCAGACAGAGUUGCACAAUCAGCGCCUCUCCACAGAGAAAAAGCCUCUGCGCUCCUUCACUUCACUCCACUGCUCUUCAUUCAGCCAGCACUCGACUGCAAGUGGAUAUUUGUUUCGCCUCUGAAGACUUUUUGUGCAAUUUUUUUCCCGUGCGUUAUACGCGCAGAGAGACAGUUAAAGAGUUUGGCAUUUGGAGGAGACUUAGUGAGAGACAAAUCUUUCUUUUUAAUCACUUGGAGCCAUGCAUCGGUGCACCGUGGUGUUAGUGCUGUUAGUGGUGGCCUUUCUGAGUGCAGAAGCCUACAAGUGCAGGUGCACCAGAAAAGGACCAAAGAUCAGAUAUAAGGAUGUGCAGAAGCUCGAGAUCAAACCCAAACACCCGUUCUGCCAGGAGAAGAUGAUAUUUGUGACGAUGGAGAACGUGGCUCGGUUCAAAGGGCAGGAGUACUGUCUUCAUCCCAAACUUCAGAGCACCAAGAAUCUGGUGAAAUGGUUUCGCAUCUGGAAAGACAAGCACAGGGUGUAUGAAGCCUAAAUACGGGCCUGUCGGCAGAUGGGGGCUGAAUGAGACAACCAAAAGCCACCAUCACCAACAGGGCUGUUUGUGAAGCACGACCUUA